AUGUGCAAAAAUAUGAAUCUUGGAAAGCUCAGAAUUAGAUUCAUCAAGUCUCAUUACAUCGCUACUUUCUUCCUCGUAGCUUUGGCCGGCGCUAUUCUUUAUCUCACCGUCGACAACAAUGUAGUGAGGGAGGAAGAAUCAAAAGAAGAGAAUCGAGAAACGACGAAGGAAGGCAACGACGUCGUUGCAGCUGGAAAUGAGGAGGCUAGGUGCGAUUUGUUUUCAGGCAAAUGGAUUUACGACGACGUUUCACGACCGUUGUACGACGAAGAGAAGUGUAGUUUCAUGAUAGGUGAUUAUGCUUGUAAGAAAUAUGGAAGAAAAGAGUUUGAAUAUCAAAAAUGGAGAUGGCAACCUCAUCAUUGUGAUCUUCCAAGGUUUAAUGGGACUGCAUUGCUGGAGAAGAUAAGAGGCAAGAGGGUUGUGUUUGUUGGAGAUUCUUUGAACAGGAAUCAAUGGGUUUCAAUGCUUUGUCUAAUCGAAUCUUCUCUGAAUCAAUCGUUGAAUAAGAGUGUGACGAGAUAUGAGAAUUUGUUUGUGUUCAGGGCAAUUGAAUACAAUGCGACAAUUGAGUUCUAUUGGUCACCGUUACUAGUAGAGUCGAAUUGCGACGAUCCAGACACUCACUCUAUCAGAGAUCGAAUACUUAGAAUCACAUCUAUCGAGAAGCACGCGAGACAUUGGAAUGAUGCAGAUAUUCUCAUCUUUGAUUCAUUUAUGUGGUGGCUAGAGCCAACCAUGACAUUCUUAUGGGGCUCAUUUGGGAGCUCUGAUGCAAUAGCUAAAAAAGUUGGAAUGAGGUAUCGUCGUUAUGAAAUGGCUCUAACCACAUGGUCGGAUUGGUUGGAAGUCAACGUCAAUCGAACCAAAACCAAGAUUUUCUUUAUGAGUCUCUCACCUUAUCACUUCUUUGCGGAAACAUGGGAUGAAGGAUACAACUGCUACAAUGAAACACAACCGAUAUCAAAGGAGGACUAUUGGGGAAUCUCAACAGAUCGAGAAAUGAUGGAGGUUGCUGAAUCAAUCCUACAAAAGAUGGAGAAGAGGGGCGUCAAUAUUGAGUAUUUGAAUAUAACAAAAUUAUCAGAUUAUAGAAAGGAUGCCCAUCCAACCAUUUAUAGAAAAUUCCCUUAUCCCAUCACUGAAGAGAAGCGGGCUAAUCCGACGAGCUAUUCGGAUUGUGUUCAUUGGUGUCUGCCGGGAGUGCCUGAUAUUUGGAACCAGAUUCUUUAUUCUUACAUUAUUGCAUCUUAA